UUUCUCCAUCACACUCUCAACUUCGCUAAUCCACCAACAAUGAAGCCGCUGGUCACUCUGGUGCUCAUCUACAUGCUUUUGUCUGAAGCUUUUCAGACUUCCAUGGCACUGAAAUGUUACGCCUGUGUGAGCGUAGUUUGUACAACUCAGCAGUGUAAGGCUGAUGCAGAUCGCUGCUAUACUGCCACAGUUUCAACAGUUGGCGUGGAGGUAACUGAGAAAGGAUGUGCAAACAAGACCAUGUGUGAUGAGGCAGCAAGCUCUUGGAUGCCAACCUGCUGUAACACUGAUCUGUGUAACAGUGCUGAGGGGGUUAAGCUGAGUCUCCUCAUCAUGCUGGUUCCUCUGAUCUCCUCCAUCCUCUUCAUCUGAACUCUCUGCUGCUCCUCUCUCAGUGAUUGAUUAUAUGUAGUAUAUGAUGAUUCGUUUCUAAUGACAUCAUCUGUGCAUCAAUAAACCAUGUGGUAAGAGGGGUGUAAUGUAGUUUAGAUUUUUGAACUUAAGAAAUGAGAAGAAUUCACUCCAGGUUUAUCAUAAAGCUCAAAUAGUGCACAUACUCUCCUUUCACUAAUUAUUUUAAUGACAAAUCAAAGUCAAUGAAUCCUGGUUAUUUCAUUUUAGCUGGAAAAAUUAAGAGGCUUCACUCUAAGUGCAACUUAGUAGGCAUACUGACCCUCUUCUGUUAUUAAUUUAAUGAUAAGUAGCUUAAGUAUUUAAAUGUACAUCUGAUUU